AGAGUUGCCCAAGGAAGUCAACAGGAGAGCCAAGUAUUUGCUCUUUAUCCAUCAACUUUGACCCUGGAAAAGGACCCUGACCCCUGGUCAUAGUUGCCUUUGUGACAUCAUGGCCAUCUCUUUCUCCAUCUUUCCUGCCUCUGCCAACGUCAGGGAACAGCAACCAGAGGGAGAUGAUCACCUGAACCACUGCUCCAAACCAUGGGCAGUAAAUGCUGUAAAGGUGGUCCAGAUGAAGAUGCAGUAGAAAGACAGAGGCGGCGGAAGUUGCUUCUUGCACAACUGCAUCACAGAAAAAGGGUGAAGGCGGCUGGGCAGAUCCAGGCCUGGUGGCGUGGGGUCCUGGUGCGCAGGACCCUGCUAGUCGCUGCCCUCAGGGCCUGGAUGAUUCAGUGCUGGUGGAGGACGUUGGUGCAGAGACGGAUCCGUCAGCGGCGGCAGGCCCUGUUGAGGGUCUAUGUCAUCCAGGAGCAGGCAACGGUCAAGCUCCAGUCCUGCAUCCGCAUGUGGCAGUGCCGGCAAUGUUACCGCCAAAUGUGCAAUGCUCUCUGCUUGUUCCAGGUCCCAGAGAGCAACCUUGCCUUCCAGACUGAUGGCUUUUUACAGGUCCAAUAUGCAAUCCCUUCAAAGCAGCCAGAGUUCCACAUUGAAAUCCGAUCAAUCUGAAAGGCCUGGGGCAUGGAGAACAGCCUCCACUGCCCUAAUAAAUGUCUGACCAGGUUGUGUGAGUCUCAGUGAUUCCCCUCACCACAGGAACCCCUGGGAUUCAUGCUCCACUCUUUCUCUGCUUCUCUACUUGGGGAAAGACUUCAGUGUAAGUACUUCCUCGUUCCCCUCUCCCUGCCCCAGCAGGGCCUGUGGCCCCUGUGAGGACUGAUGGUGGCCAUAUGCUACUGCCUUUACAUGCAAAUUAGAAAUUGCAGCCCAAGGCUGUCCUCAUAUGCACAGCCAGAUGUCCUACUCCACAGCCCUGACAUCAAUCCUGUCUCCUGAGCUUGGAAUCAGAAGGGUAUGGGCUUCAUCUUCCUGAAGAAUCUGGGCACUCUCCUGGAAGACAGUUGUGUCUGAGGCCAUGCUCUUUCAUUCAACCAUCAGGAGCCAACUGGGGCUUGCACAGGGCAACAACUUGUGCUUGUGAUUAGCAUCUGAAGCAUGAGGCAGUCUUGUGGGACUGAGCCCCCAAGCUAUGGGAUCUGAUGCUAUCUCUACAUAGAUAUUAUCAGAACUGAAUUGUAGGGGACACCAAGCUGGUGUCCAUUGAAGAAUCUGCCAGAGAAUUUCUUCGUGGGGAGAAAUCCACACACACUUCUUGGUGACCAGAGGUGAAGUACUGUGUUUAGUUGGAUGUAGGAUAAACUAAGUUUUUUUUCCUAUAUCUUUAGAAUAGCCAAAAAAGGGGACCAACCCAAAUGGGUGAAUGGUUAGACAACCUGUGGUAUAUGCAUAUUACAGACUACUCUUCAGCUAUAAAAAGUGUUGACCUAAGAGGAAGAGGCUGAGGCACAAAAUAUAAUUUAAAGAGUUUACUUGAGCCAAAGUUAAGACAGCUGCCUGGAAGGCUCAGAUGCAGAUUUGAAUCAUCUUCUGGUGUCAUUUUCUUUCAGGCUGAAGGACUUGCUUUAGAUUUCUUGUAAGACAGAUCAACUAGCAAUGAAUUAUCUCUGUCUUUGUCUGGAAAUGUCUUUAUUUUGCUUUCAUUUUCGAAACAGAGUUAAACUGGAUAUGGAAUUCUGGGUCAUAAGGGCUCCUCCCAGCCUCCAGCAUUUUAGAGUUGCUGUUCAGUUGUCUUCUGGUUCCAUUGUUUCUCAUUAAAAGUCAGCCAACUUCGUA